AUGGCCAACGACGACGACGCCAGUGCAGGACCAAGCAUCACAGACAGCCUACCGGCACUCCCCGCGCAGUCGCUCCGCCGUCCGCUUACACCACCACCACCACCACCACCAAUGUCGCCGUCGCCGUCGGCCUCCAGCCCGCACACCCCGGACGACAACGACGACGUCGCCACGUCAAAAAGCCCUUUUUUCCAACGCCUCCCCGCGGAGCUGCGCCGCAUGAUCCUCGUCGCCGCCUUCGGCGCGCGAGUCGUGCACAUGGAUCUGAUCUUCGCGACCCCGCUGGAGAAGAGGAAGAAAAAGGCAAAGGCGGCGCAGCAGCAGCAGCAGCAGCAGCAGCAGCCCGACGACGUGGCAGCGCACGGCGGCCUGCUACUCGACCGCAGCGGGCGCCGCGUGCUGCGGCGUCCCCGUGGUGGUGGUGGUAAGGGCGACGAGGACGUCGAGGCGUGGCGGUGGUGGGGCUGCGUGUGCCAUCGCAACCCGCCGCCGCCAUCAUCAUCGUCAUCACCGCUGCGGCGGCAGCAGCAGCAUCGGCCCGGGAGAAACGACGAUGAGGAGGAGGAGGAGGAAGACGGAAAGGUCCCGCUGUGGAAAGACGGCUGCACGCGCGGAUGGGCGCCGGCGUGCGAGCGGUGGCCGGGCGCGCUGCCGGACCGGUGCCGGGUGGGCGCCAUGGGCUGGCUGCGGGCGUGCCGGCGCGCGUACGCCGAGGGCGUCGACGUCCUCUACGCGACCAACACGCUGCACGUCGCCAGCAUGCCGCUGCUGCUCCACAUGCCGCGGCUGCUACUGCCGCGCGCGCGCGAGCGCGUCGCCGCCGUCGAGCUGAAGUGGGACCUCCACCGGCAGGGCAUGUAUCCCGUCGGCGGCGUCUACGAGGGCAGCCUGGAGCGGACGUUUGGCGGGCUCGUGGAGGCCGUGCCCGUGGCGUUGCCGAAUGUGAGGGGGUUGUAUCUCUCGGUGACGGGGGGGUUGGUCCAUGUGGAGCCGGGGGUGGUCGUGGGGGAGGUUGUCGAUGAGGUGGAGAGGAUGUUGUUUGGGAGGGUGGAUGGGAUGGUGGCGAGGCUGUUUGGCCAGCGGCUGAGGGAGUGUACGGUGGAGGUACCGUCGGGGACCUUUGACGCGCUGGCUGUCAAGACCCGGGGCGAGACGUUUCCGUGGUCGAUGCGGAGGUUUUGGAGACCGCUGCUUCUUCCUGCGGCGGGGGACGAGAGUGGUCGGGCGGGAGUCGAGCGGGGCUAUUGGGUGAAGCGCGGGCAAGAAAUCGCGCCUCUGGCCUGCAUGGCGUUCUGA